AAUUUUCGGAUACUUCGCUGCAGAACAUUCCAGACUUGACUGUGGCGGUGCACAAUUCUGCGGGUGCUGGACGCGGUGGAUAGCAGGAUAGAAAUCAUCAAAGAUGGCCUCUGCAACAGCAACCUACGGGCAGAAGGAGUCUUCGGACCAAAACUUUGACUAUAUGUUCAAGAUCCUCAUUAUCGGGAACAGCAGUGUGGGCAAAACCUCCUUCCUGUUCCGCUACGCUGACGAUUCCUUCACACCGGCCUUCGUCAGCACGGUGGGCAUCGACUUUAAGGUGAAGACCAUCUACAGGAACGACAAGAGGAUCAAAUUACAGAUCUGGGACACAGCAGGACAGGAGCGUUACCGCACCAUCACUACAGCCUACUACAGAGGGGCCAUGGGAUUUAUCCUCAUGUAUGACAUCACCAACGAGGAGUCCUUCAACGCUGUUCAGGACUGGUCCACUCAGAUUAAAACGUACUCGUGGGACAACGCCCAGGUGCUGCUGGUGGGAAACAAAUGUGACAUGGAGGACGAGCGAAUGGUUAGCGGAGAUAGAGGCCGUCAGCUGUCUGAACACCUGGGUUUUGAAUUCUUUGAGGCCAGUGCCAAAGACAACAUCAACGUGAAGCAGACCUUCGAGCGCCUGGUCGACAUCAUCUGUGAAAAGAUGUCAGAGAGCCUGGAUGCUGGAGACCCUGCCGUCACAGGAGCCAAACAGGGGCCCCAGCUGACAGAGCAGCCGGCUCCACCUCAUCAGGACUGUGCAUGUUAAAGCUGACUGCUGCCCCAAACCUACCCCCCUGUCUUUUUUCUUUCCUCCUUCAGCUGAAUCCCAGGUCUAGAUACCUUCCAUCAUCCUUUCACCUACUCCUCUGCUUCUUUCUGUAAAUCAUGAAAAACAAAAAAGAAUGAGGUUGACAAAUAUCUGAAAUAUUCUGAGAUUCUAGUGGAUUUUUUUUUUUCUUCCACUCUUUUCAAUCAGUGCUGGCGAGCGAUGCCAAAUCAAGGUCAGUUAAAGCAAAGUGUUUCAGAUUUUGUGCAACCUGCAUUCCUUGAAUUCCCCUUCCCAUCGUCUCCCAUCGUCUGGUUUGAGAUGUUUUACAAGAAGGAUUUGACGGCGUUGGUCUCCAGUGUGCCAUUAAAAUCCUUCUGAUGUUUACAGUACUUUGUUUGGUGUCAGUCAAAGGUUUCGUAACGAUGUCACUGUCAGAUUUGUUGACAUCUGAGUGAAGUUAGGAGGAAAGGACGAUUCAGCUGAAAACUGUCGUGUGUGUGAAGUCUCUGGUCCCACACAGAGUCACAUGUUUCUUUUGUUCUUUGUGUUUUUGGAGACUUGCUUAUUUGACCUCGCUUUGGUCUUUUUAUUAUCUUUUUUUUUUUUUUUACAAUUCCUUUCCAUCAUUUACUGUAAUGUUUUCUUGUUUGUUUUUCUCUUCUCUUACAUGAAACACUAGGUGGGGAAGACCACGGACAAGAUGUAAUUAAAAAUUAAGAGACACAUUUUAUUUAAUUAUAUUUAUUUAACUGUGCUGUACAUUUAAAUGUUGUGCAAUAUAUAAAUAUAUAUAUUAUAUCUAGAGGUAUGCAUUUUGGGAAAUUAAAUUAAAAAGUAUGAUCUUCAAUUAGGACAGAAUCAAAUAUGUACCAAAACAAAUUGUAUGUGUUGUUUGGAAGAUGUGUGGGUCGUGUGUUUCCCCCAAAUGUCUUCAUUUUAUGCUGGUAAUUUUGACAAGUCAGAAAAUCAAACCUCCUUUAAAAAUAUAUAUAUAUAGUGAGUUGACUUCAGUGUAAAUCAUAUGUCAAGUUAGCAACAUAUGUAUCUCCCUCUAAACAACAAGCAAAAAAGCAUAGCAACUAACUGAUGAAAAACAAGGUAACAUUAGCAUCAUGAAGGCCCAGGACAACUGAAUAUCACGCUAUGCAACACAGUUAAGUUUCAUUUGUUAACAGUGUGUUUUGACGAUUUUACAGUGUUUUAUAUAUGAAGCAGAGGAACCCCCCCCCCCCUUUUUUUAUCUGAACUAGAACAAUACAAACUGUUAAUGGUUAAAAAUCUGUAUUAAUUUAAACAAUUAGAAUGUAGAAAAAAACAGUUCAGACCAGAAUCACACUGAAAACAAAUUCAAUUACAUAUCAUUUGAACUAUUUUAUGUUUUUUUUAUGUUGAUUUUGGCUUGUUGGAUGCGACAACUUUGAAUUUUAUGUUGUGUUUCGUUGAUGUGCUGGUUUGACCACAGGGACUGAAAGAAACCAAUAAGAAUAAACUGGCAUGUGAUUAUAACCAGGUGACUUCAGUGUUCAGGCGUCAACAUUAUCAAACCUGCCUCAGUCCUCAUCCAAAAACAAACACAUUCUGACUUGUCCACUGAAAAACUAACUGUCCUGUCUGUGAUGACAACUGACCAACUCCCACACAGAGACGACGGUGCUGCUGCACACUAAGAGAAAGUCAAAGGAAGGCACCAUGAAAUGCACUGCAAAUACCAGCAAAAAUACCAAGCUAUCAUAACAGCAUACCGUACGUUUCUGAUUCCAACUUUGACAAACAAAAGCCUAACUUUUCUCUCGAUAAAUGAAAAUUGGUAAAUGUGAAGCACAUAUUUAGCUAGGAUGUGGCUGCCUUCAGUUUGGAGAUUAUACUUUCCGAUUGUGAAAUCUAAAAAAUGACUGUUUGGAUAUAGAACAGAACACUGUCACGGCAAAUGAAAAUAGAAAAGUAGAAACAUACUGUAGCAGAGCUAGCCUAAAAGCAUUGCGCUGUGCUAGUACCCGCUGUGGGUAAAAUUAAACUGUAACAACAUCGAUUUAUCAUACAUUAACUGUUGCUUGAACAAAGAAAACAUUUAAAGUAAUAGCUAACAGAACAACAUUCAAAAUUUCGAAAAUGUAAUUCCUCUCUUAACUGACUACAACUCAGCACCUUAAGGCUACGGCGUUUCCUACAUGUUAGCUUGUUAGCAAUUUUCAAAACACUUGUGUACAGUAGAAAAGUUACAUGUGUUUUAAGUUGUUUUUUUAAAAACUAAUCACUAACAUUGCAACUACCCAAAUCAGUAUUUUAAAAAACAGUUUAAUUAUACGGGAGCUUUUGUUUCACUUCAAAGCUCUUUGUGUAAAUGAAUAAUGGACGCUGAUCAUUCAGGGAACAAAUUGUUGCUGUGUUUACAGUGCAUUAGCCUGGGUUAAAGGCAGGUGUGUAGCAUUCAGUCAGUAAAGAGUCACAGCUGAGAUACUCACUGUAAAAGUGUGUGUAGUGAGGCUUCAGUCAAAACAGUAACUGUUUUUUGACAAAAACCUGGGAAUUGGCUUUAUUUUAUGUCAAUGUAACUCCUUACUGGUUGCGACUGUUUCUUUUUCCAGUGAAUCCAAACCCUUAAAACUAUUCUAUCAAAUAUGUCUUCCUCUCUCCUAUAUAAACCCAGACUUGUAAAUAGUGUACCUUAAAGUCAUAUGUGUAGGUUGUGUUGUAUUAACUCAGGCUUGCAAAAAAAAAAGAAAAAGAAAAACAACAACAUAAAACAGAAAAGAAGUGACUAAAAACCUGACCACCCCCUGAAGACUGUACCUGCGUUCACCUCUAACUUUGCUUGUGAAUGAAUGUGUCACUCGGUUACAAAGCAAUACACACUACAGCAUCUGGACGUGUCCUCAGAGCCUGGUAGAGGCUGCUGACCGUAGAUCUACUAGCACGUAUAAAAACCUCUAACUUUGUUUGGUCUCAUGUCACUGCCUCCCUGACUCCUCCUUUGUUUCAGCCAUCGAUGAGAUGAGAGAAUGCCGUGGAUGUUUUUAUCUGUAUCUUUGUGGUAAAAGAAUAAUAAAUAAAAUAAGAAAAUGUUGCUAACAUG